UUUUUUCACAGUAAGUCUUAGUUGGAUUUUAGUCAUACAACAUCGGCGAAACUUGACACAAACAAUGUUGGGUUCUAAUAUGGCACAAACAAAGUACAACGCUACUGGCAAAUGGACUCAAAAUACUGAAGAUGUAAUCAAUAAAAAAGUUGGAGCAAUAUGCCAACCGGUGAGGAACCUCGUGUUUGUUAAGGUAGCAAAGUGUGGAGGGUCAACGUUGACAAAUAUUUUCCAACGAUAUGGCGAAGCACAUAAUUUAACCUUCCUCCUACCUAAACCCAAUACGUCCUCUAUAAAACAAGAAGACAUUCUUGAACAUAUUGGUAAGCCUGUCAAUAUGAUUGUACAGCAUGCGCAAUACAAUGAAGAACUUAUGAAGAAGCUCAUGCCGAAUGACACUGUCUACAUCGGAUUGAUACGAGAACCACUACGUCACCUGAAAUCCUUAUAUAAUUAUAAAAAAUUGGGAAAUAUUCCGUCAAUGCCCACUUUGGCCGAAUUUGAGGAGAAUCCGUGGAAAUACACGCACACGAAUCGGAUGAAAAGUCUCAUGAAUAACCAAAGUAGAUGGUACGGAUUGAAAAAUUUUAUUAAAGGAAAACUCAAUAAAGACGUCAACCUGACCGCUAAAUUUGUUGAAAAGAUUGCCAAACAAUUUGAUCUAAUCCUGGUGACAGAUCACAUGAAGGAAUCUCUAGUACUGCUAAAGGAUGUACUCUGUUGGACAUUGGAUGAUAUGUUAUUUGUAUCUCAUAAGGUAGCAAAUGAAAAUAUUGUUAACUUUAAUACAGGAGGGCUCCAAGAAUCUAACGAACACACCCCAAAUAUGGAUAUCGCCGUAAAGAAUAUGCGCCGCUACAGCAGAGUCGACUACGGUAUGUUUGACUUCUUCAACUAUACACUGUGGGAACGGAUCAAAACAAAGGGAGAUGCAUUUCGAAAUGACUUAAGACAAUUUGAAGAUAAACUGCGUUUUCUUCAUAGUACCUGUUACUACGCAAAGGAAAGCCUGGCUCUCUCAGAGGAAUACAUUGAGAAAGUUGUCCACGAGGAUACUUCAUCGGCUGACUAUAAAUGUCAUCGUAUGCUUCUUCCACCUACACAGUAUGGUCAUUACAUCAUUCGCCCAAAACAGGACAAUUAGAUACAUGGUUACAUGCAUUCUAUUUUCACAUUUGACUUGACAGAAGACAUUCAACACGCAGAGAUGUUACAAAUCAACACUAUUGUUAUAGUCUUUUUGUGGACUGUAUUCGGCGUCUGUAACAAAUGUCGUCUGUGACAAAUGGCAGGUGGUGACAUUUUGCAUGUUAAUGCCUUGUUAUUCUUUUAUCAUAUGAACUAUUUUGCUUGAUGAUUGACAUACAUUACCAUAAGUUCAAUCUAAAUCAAUGUAAGACACCAAAACGAAUGACUUCGAACUGUUUUAUGUUUUGUGUUUAUGUGGCUACGAUCUGUUCUAUGUUUUUAUGUGGCUACGAACUGUUCUAUGUGUUUAUGUGGGUACGAACUGUUGUAUGUCUUUAUGUUUUUUGCACUGUAUAGUGGAUUAUUUGUGAUUAAAAAAUUAAAACAUUUAUUCGAAAAAUGGGAGGAAAUUUGAAUAUUUGAAAAAUAAAAAGCUGAGGACUUCAUCUUUUUCAAAAAUCUCUAAAAUAACCCGAGGCCUUUAAGCUUAAAGUACAAAAUGGGGGUAAAAAUGAAUGCAUUGUAAAAAAUCUUAAGCUUUCUUCAAAUGAAUAGAAAUGACAAGGAAUGAUAAUAGCCCAAAAUAUAUUUUAAAAUGAAGCAAUUUCAGUCAAGGUUGCUCGCUU